AUGGUGAAGGCUAUCUUCCUGGUGGCACCUUUGCGUUUUGGGAAUGUUUUCUUUAUCAAUGCCUCGUUUCCCCCCAGCAUCAUCGUAGAUAUGGCAAAAAUCAUUAUGGACAAUUACUGCUCCCCGGAGAAGCUGGCGGGCAUGAAGGAGGCGAUUGCAGCAGCCGGGAGCAACACAGAGGUCCUCAACAUCCCAGACGGUGAGUCUUUGGCUAGAGUCCUCAGUUCUGGAGUCCAAACCACAGUCAGUGACCCACGAUUGGAAGUCACCUAUGAGCCAAACUACAUCCCUGUGGUUCCCCAGGUGAUGCCUCCCUUAUCCCCUGAGCAGCUCGUUGCCGUCCUGCAGACCUCGAUCAAGCUCGACAUCCUGGAGGGCAACAUCGGCUACCUGAGGAUCGAUCACAUCCUGGGUGAGGAGGUCGCUGAAAAGGUUGGACCUCUGCUUCUAGACCUGGUGUGGAAUAAAAUCCUGCCAACCUCAGCUCUCAUCUUUGACUUGCGCUACACCGGCAGCGGGGACAUCACAGGACUCCCCUACCUUGUGUCUUACUUCACCGAAGCCGAGUCCGAGAUUCACAUUGACAGCGUUUAUGACCGUCCUUCCAACACCACAACAAAGCUGAGUUCCCUGAAGACGCUGCUCGGGGCCAGAUAUGAAAUUACCAAACCCCUCAUUCUCCUCACCAGCAAAAACACCAAGGGAAUCGCUGAGGAUGUGGCCUACUGCCUCCAGAACCUGAAGAGGGCCACCAUUGUGGGUGAGAAGACCGCCGGGGGCUCUGUCAAAGUAGAUAAGAUCAAAGUGGGCGACACUGACUUCUACGUUACCGUGCCUACCGCAAAGUCCAUCAACCCCAUCACCGGCUCAUCGUGGGAGGUUACAGGCGUGACCCCCGAUGUGGAGGUCAACGCCGAGGACGCCCUCGCUACCGCCAUCAAGAUCGUCAACCUCCGUGCCAAAGUUCCCGCCGUCAUCGAGGGAUCGGCGGCUCUGAUUGCCGACAACUACGCCUUUGAAGAUAUCGGGGCUCAUGUUGCGGAGAAGUUGAAAGGGCUUCUGGCGAGUGGCGAGUACAGCACGGUCGUCUCCAAGGAAAGUCUGGAGACCAAGCUGUCCGGUGAUCUGAAGACCCUGUCUGGGGACAAGAGCCUGAAGACCACCAGCAACACCCCUGCCCUGCCACCCAUGGAUUAUUCUCCAGAGGUGUUCAUCGAGCUGAUCAAAGUGUCCUUCCACACUGACGUAUUCGAGAACAACAUCGGCUACCUGCGCUUCGACAUGUUCGGAGACUUCGAGGAGGUCAAGGCCAUCGCCCAGAUUAUUGUCGAGCACGUCUGGAACAAAGUUGUCAACACUGACGCUAUGAUCCUCGACCUCAGGAACAACAUCGGUGGCCCAACAACAGCCAUCGCAGGAUUCUGCUCUUACUUCUUUGACGCCGACAAGCAGAUUGUGCUGGACAAGCUGUACGACAGAACAACCGGGACCACAACAGAGCUCCUGAGCCUGCCUGAACUCACUGGAACAAGAUACGGCUCCAAGAAGAGUCUCAUCAUCCUCACGAGCAGAACGACUGCCGGCGCCGCAGAGGAGUUCGUCUACAUCAUGAAGAAGCUCGGCCGCGCUAUGAUCGUCGGAGACACAACCGCCGGGUCGUCCCACCCACCCAAGACCUUCAGUGUUGGCGAGACCGACAUCUUCCUCAGCAUCCCCACUAUCCACUCUGACACCUCCGCCGGGCCUGCCUGGGAGGGGGCCGGCAUCGCACCUCACAUACCCGUCCCGGCUGAAGGCGCCCUCGAAGUGGCAAGGGCCAUCUUCGACAAGCACUACGGACCCAAGAAGUGACCCACAUCCUGAACAAAGCCAGAGGGGACUUCCACAUGUCGCUUUUGCUUUGGCAGCCAAAUAGGUUCACGAUUUAUGAAUUAGACUCAAAAUGAAGAAUGUAGAUAGAGUUCAAUGUGUUGUUCAUUAUCUUAAAGCCUUGUUAGCCUGUUUUUAACCUGGGGCAGAUGUUCGACAGCAGUUCCAGUUGUUGUCUUGGUGAAUGAAGGUUUUCAGAAUGAAUGGUGCUGAAAAGCUGACUCAUUGGGGAAGCGAGUAUGAAUAAUUACGUGUCAAAAUCAGUUGUAACAUGAAUAUAACCUUGAGAAACACAUGUUUGAGGAGCCACAAAGGAAUUAAACACACACAAAGGCUUUUAAACUAUAUUCCCUACCCAUGUAUCGUGUUGGUUUGUGUUGGGAACUCUGUGGAAACACUGUACGUCCAUUCUGCCAUGUGGGCCUACUUGGGUUGUAUCAAAUCCAGCGGUGAGACACAAUA